CAAUCCGACGUGAACUUUACAUGCAAUAAUUUUCGGAUUUGUCCUUCGGAUCUAAAAGAUUCGUUGUCUUUCACUCAGUUUGAGAUGAUUGUCUCAAGAUUGAUUCGGCCAACUCAUAGACUUUUUGGCUAUGCUACAAAAAGGAAUGGAAAUCAGUCCCGUAAAGCCAGCGGUGAAAUAAUUCAUGACGCUGAAAGAAAUGAUGUUGAUUGUUUACCUGGAACUAGCACGUUUGGGUACAGAGGACGUAAAUACUUAGAUAGAGACUGGGGCAUGAAAUCUACAGAAGGUCUAAUGAUGUUUUUCAUGUGGUCUUGGAUAUUUUAUAAAUGUAUAACAGAUUACGGUCAUUUAAUGCCUCAUUUCAAAAUUCCUGAUCCUACACAAUGGACCGAUGAAGAACUUGGAAUACCUCCAGAUGAUAUGGAGUGAAAUUGACACAAUAAUUCAUGAAUAAUUGAUAAAUUGUAGAUUAACUCUAGACAGUGGAUGAAUGUUUUGUUGAGAUAUAAAGUUUUAUAUUGACUAAA